AUGGACUGUGAAGGGUGCGAAAGACGGGUGAGGAAGUCGGUGGAAAGCAUGAAAGGAGUUACCAAUGUCACCGUGGAUCCUAAACAGAGCAAACUAACGGUCGAGGGAUUCGUCCAACCCAACAAAGUGGUGAGACGGGUGAUGCAUCGGACGGGGAAGAAGGCGGAGCUGUGGCCCUACGUGCCUUACGAGGUGGUGCCACACCCUUACGCACCUGGUGCCUAUGACAAGAAAGCCCCUCCUGGCUAUGUUCGCAAUGCACUCGCCGACCCUCUUGUGGCCCCCCUUGCUCGUGCCAGCUCCUUCGAGGUCAAAUACACCUCUGCCUUUAGUGAUGACAAUCCCAACGCUUGCACCAUCAUGUGA